GUGGAUCUGCCCCACUCUGAUGCUGGAGCUAUCCGCGGACUGUGUAGCUUUAACUUCUCUGACUAUAUUACAACACAAAGGGUGGACAAUAUCAGUGUUGCAAGUGCCUCAGAGCAGAUCCAGUUGUGUCCCAGAUGAGGGACUAAUGCUGGCUGGAAAUCACCUGAACUUAGUCUCAGUUUAGUUCUACGUCUGUUCUCACUGGUGCACCUUGAGAAAAGAAGAAUACACCAACACCCGAGAUGGAUGAUAUCUUCACACAGUGCCGGGAAGGCAACGCCGUGGCAGUUCGUUUGUGGUUGGACAACACAGAGAAUGACCUGAAUCAGGGAGAUGACCAUGGCUUCAGCCCCCUCCACUGGGCGUGUAGGGAGGGGCGCUCCAGUGUGGUGGACAUGCUCAUCAUGAGAGGAGCACGCAUUAACGUCAUGAACCGGGGAGACGACACUCCUCUGCACUUGGCUGCCAGCCAUGGACAUCGUGACAUUGUGGCAAAGCUGAUCCAGUGCAAAGCAGAUACCAACUCAGCCAAUGAACAUGGGAACACACCACUGCAUUAUGCCUGCUUCUGGGGCCAUGACCAAGUCGCUGAGGAUCUUGUUAGUAGUGGGGCUCAGGUGAGCAUCUGUAACAAAUUUGGCGAAAUUCCUUUGGAUAAAGCCAAACCUCAUCUGCGUGACCUCCUGAAAGAAAAUGCUGAGAAAUUGGGACAGAACCUAACUAAAAUUCCCUUCAAGGACACAUUCUGGAAAGGCACCACCCGAACUCGACCACGCAAUGGCACUUUGAACAAACAUGCAGGCAUUGACUACAAACAGCUUUCUCUCCUUGCAAAAAUAAACGAAAACCAGUCUGGAGAGCUGUGGCAAGGGCGUUGGCAAGGAAAUGAAAUUGUUGUUAAGGUCCUAAAAAUUCGAGAUUGGACCACACGGAAGAGCAGAGACUUUAAUGAGGAGUAUCCCAAACUCAGGAUAUUUUCCCAUCCAAAUGUUCUACCCAUGUUGGGAGCAUGUCAGUCUCCUCCUGCCCCUCACCCCAUCAUCAUCACCCACUGGAUGCCUUAUGGCUCCCUCUACAAUGUGCUGCAUGAAGGCACUACCUUUGUAGUCGAUCAGACUCAAGCAGUCAAGUUUGCCUUGAACAUUGCUUCUGGAAUGGCCUUCCUACACACACUUGAACCCAUGAUCCCUCGCCAUUAUCUCAACAGUAAAAGUAUUAUGAUAGAUGAAGAUAUGACAGCAAGGAUCAGCAUGGCAGACGUCAAGUUCUCCUUCCAGUGUCCAGGCAGGAUGUACUCGCCGGCAUGGGUAGCUCCUGAGGCGCUGCAGAAGAAGCCCGAAGACAUCAAUCGAAGGUCAGCUGACAUGUGGAGCUUUGCCAUCUUGCUGUGGGAGUUGGUGACCAGAGAAGUCCCGUUUGCUGAUCUGUCCAACAUGGAAAUUGGCAUGAAGGUUUCCUUGGAAGGUUUGAGGCCCACGAUCCCCCCUGGCAUCUCACCACACAUUUGCAAGCUCAUGAAGAUCUGCAUGAACGAAGACCCAGCUAAGAGGCCCAAGUUUGACAUGAUUGUUCCUAUUUUGGAAAAGAUGCAGGACAAGUGAAAAUUGCUCACUGCUCUUUCAUUGAACUGAUUACAAACACGGAUAUUUGACCCCAGAUGCAACUCGAUAUGACGGUGUGGUGCUUACCAGUAUUGCCUUAUCGCUUCAUUCACAGACACUGCAACUUCUGCUUGAGAUGAGUUCAACUGAAUUUAUUUUGUUUGUAUUUUUUUAUUAUUAAGCAUGAUCUAGUUUGUAUUACAGUCCUCUUUUGAUAUUGUCUUUGCAGGAGCUUAGCCAUGACUGUUCAUCUUCUAAACCAUAAUCAUGUGGUUUGAGUACAAUCGUUGUGAAUUGAUAAAUAACCUGUGGAAGUCAGCAGGAUGCUCUGCUGCACCUGAAUGGUUUUAAGGCUUUAUUUGUCCAGAAUGAGACUGUUUUAAAAAGCUCCUUUUUUGGGUAACUGGUCCUUUUAAAAUAUUGGCUUAUAAGUUAAAAAAAGACAAAAUAAUCAUCUAUUUUGUGGAAAAGGAUUAAUAUUUUAUUUUGACAAAGAAUGGCAUGCAGUGAGCAAGCAUGUCAAAAGUAAAUUGUAUUUAAACAAGAUGAUUAAUGGCAUUUUAUG